AUGGCCUAUUUCCAGCUCUUCACCAUCCUUGCCAUAUUAGCAAUUUUUUCCCCAUCAAUUUCGGCCAAAAAUUAUGUUGUUGGGGACGAACAAGGCUGGACCGUUGAAAUUGACUAUGAAGCUUGGGCUAAGGGAAAGCAAUUUUAUGUUGGUGACAACCUUAUUUUCAAGUAUCUACCAGGAGUUCAUAACGUGGUUGAAGUGAAGGAAAAAGAGUUUAAGGAAUGUGCAGCUCCUUCUAGCACCAAGCCAUUAACAACUGGAGGGGAUUUGAUCAAGCUUGCAACCCCAGGAAAGAAAUGGUUCAUUUGUAGUGUUGGUAAGCAUUGUGAAUUGGGGAACCAGAAGGUUGCUGUAACUGUUUUGUCAUCACCUUCCUCUUCUCCUAGCUCAAUCCCAAGCAGCUCAAGUCCAAAUGUUGCCCCAAGUCCGAGUACCUCAAGCCUAACUUCCCCAGGCCCAGAUGCCUCAAGCCAGAGUGAACCAAGCCCAAGUAUCUCAAGCCCGAGUGGACCAAGCCCAAGUACCUCAAGCCCGAGUACCUCUGCGGCAACUGUCGGAAAGAUAUAUGGGUGGCUGGUAAUUGUUAGUGGCAUUGUAGGGUUUCACAUGAUUUAA